AUGUCUUGCUUCCUCGAGCCUGUUCUGUCAUCCGCUCGGUGCCUUUCUUCUACCUCCCCCACGGUGCUCUCCCAUCGGGGGUUUUGCCGUUGUCCUUCGGUCUCGUUCUCAGGCUUCCCAAGGAAGAAAGGCCGAUGCCGAAGGAUACUGCGCGCAGCCUCCGACGGCUCGGCCGCUGCUGGCGGAGAUUUCAAGCCCCCGAAUGGGACCCUGGUACACCUCUUCCGUCCAUCCCCGUUUGUUUCCGGCAUCGAGUUUACUGUUUUUCCUGCGAGGAACGAAAAUUAGCCGCGUAGUCCGUCUCCCUAGUAAAUUUUCGCUCGCAACAAUUGGUUUGCAUGGUAAUCAUCGUGCUUUCAUCUUUUUUUAUUUUUCUUUUUUUAUCCUUCGAAUGUUGUUUAUGCUUUAGGGCUCUCAAGUGUUGAACUAGUGGAAGACUGCAUGUAUUGGAUAUUAUUUUACUUUUUCCUUUGGAUACUAUGAGUCAUUUCUUUAUUUCCUUUUACUUCAUACGGUCUGCCUAACCAUACAGCUACUACAAAUACCUCAUAACUAUUUUGUCUGCUACAUUAAGGCUGAGUGUUGGUCUUCUUGUCUACAGAGCAGGAGGGACAUCCUUCUGGAGUACGUAAAGACUAUUCAACCAGAAUUUAUGGAAUUGUUCGUGAAAAAAGCCCCUAAACAGGUCAGACACCACUGCCCUUUGUAAUGCCACAUGUUUUUAAGGGUUAGUUUUUGUUUUGCAUUAUUACAGGAAGAAAUGCAUGCCGAUCAUCUGUCUGCCUUGGUUCAAUUUAUCCACUCAACUUCGUUUUUGAUGCAUACAGGGCUGCUAUAAGUUGUGUGUGGAUUCAUUUUAUUCAUAUGUAAUGUCUCUUUAGGUGAAUAUGAAAAUAUUCAUGUAUUUCAUUUCCUUUUUUUUUCUUUCUGAAGGUCGUUGAAGCAAUGCGGCAGACAGUUACAAAUAUGAUUGGAACACUUCCUCCCCAGUUCUUUGCUGUGACUGUUACCACGGUGAGAUAUCACCAGGUUAUUCAUCAUUUGGUGUUCUAGCAUUCGGACUCUUGGAGAUGUUUUUUUCUUUAUUGUUGGCUGCCAUGUUGUACAACUACUUUGAUGGUAAGCAAUCUGGUCGAAAAUGCGGGGUACAAAUAAUCUCUUUGAUAUCUGGAUAUCAGUUAAUCACUCUAACCUCUUCAGUUUUAUUGUCCUGACGCCUUCCACUUUAUUGGGCGUAAAGCUCUGUUAAACUCAAUAAGAAUUGUGUGGUUCUGGCCUUCAUGAGUGCCCAUGAGAGGGUGAUUGCAAUAGCCUUGUAGACUCUCAUAGUUGGUCUUUGCUGGAAAUUUCCAAUAUUCCAAUGAUAUUUCUAUUUUAGGAUGCAUAAUGCUGAAGAGAUGGACUUGAGUAGACAGAUUACUGGCUCUAAAUUCUAUCUAAUAGACAUUUAUGUGGCUCCUCUGUCUAAGUAGUUGGCAUACAUAUCAGAUAUAGGAGUGCCCUUUCUGUGGGUUUGUUGACGAGACUCCUGAUCAUAUUAUCGUAAAAUGUCCAUUUAGCAGGGAAAAUGGUUUGCCAGCGCGAUCUGACUUGUCCAUGAUUCAUACAAUUGGUGGAGUCAGCCAACCUAGGGUUUCCCAAGUACACUGGCCUACAACAUGUGAAUUCUCUGUCAGGAAAAAAGUCAUAUUCUUGUAUGAUUGUGAAAACAAUAAGCACCAUGUUCAUUGAUCCUCCAUCUUACGACUAAUGCAUGGCCUGCAUGCUAACAGUUGCAGUUUAUAAUAUCUUCUAAUGAGUGGGAUUUGUCUUUGUUUGCUUGCCUUUCAGAUAGGAUCCAUUACCUAUAUCAUUGUUUUCUGCCUGGUAGCUUCUAAGCUGUUGCGUAUGAUACAUGGAGAGCUUUCGUGAAGAUCGGAAUCCACUGUAUUUUCUUGGAUGUGGUUCUAUUCAAGCCUAUACCAAAGCGUCUUCAUAAUGGGGGAACCAUAUAUAAGUGGAGAGAAGCAUUGCAAAGUGGGAUAUCCUCAUAGUUUUCAACCAUUAAUUUGGCAGCGUAUAAUGUGUCACAAAGUUUUAGAAACUGGGAUCUCUCUAUGCUAUUCUCGUCAUAUGUUCCUCAGAAGUGAUUGCUCCUUCUGCACAUCGCCAGCUUAUUCACAAGUGACGACUUUUAGUACAUAAGUAUGUCGUCAAGAGAGGCAUUCAUCUUGUGAGGCAUUCUAGAAAACAGAAGAUAAAAAUUCCUGCACUCGUACUUGUAACACUUCACAAACCAUACCUCACCAGUUCUGUUUUCCAAUUCGUCAUAGCUGUCGCUUGUGAGCCUUUCCAUAAUCCCGGCAUAAUUUCUAUCUGACUUCAUGGCUGUCCUUCUGUGUUGUUAACUUUCAUCCGAAAAAUCUGCGAACAUUUGUAAAUAUAUUAUGUUGUUCCGAGAUGACGAAAAAAAUAAACAUUAUGCGUCUAGAUGACAUUUCAUAAUGUAAGUUCCUCUUUAGUGAAACUGGCACUGAUACUGUACAAUAUCUUCAUGAGAAUUUGAAUUUCUUGCUAAAGUUCACAAAGUCCUAGGACCAUAUUCAAGCUGCUUCCAUAUUCAUUCCUACAUGACUAGUACUUCCUUUCAUCCAUUUGUGUCAGUCAACAAAUUUUAUCAGUCUAAUGGUCCUUUCUUCGAACACCUCUUGAUUUCAAUAAGCCUGAUAGGGAUUGGAACUCCGUAAGGCAGGUGGAAUGAGGGAGGAUAUAUAGAAGGAAUUGUCGUUCUUUUAAGAUCGAGUAAAAAAUUCAAGUUGUUAACGGAAGAUGGUCGCAAAGAAAAACAUGUCAGAAUAAAGGGGAGAAAUUUCGUAUUUGAUAAUGGAAUCGGACACUAUCUGCUAUAUCAUAAUGAUUAAAUAGAGUAUUUUGAUGGGCGGUACAUGCCCUUCGGUACAUGCCCUUCUGUAUGAAUCAAUGAAUUUUUACCUGAAAUUCACAUGAGUUCCUGUACAGGAGAGUAGAUGCUGACCCUAGGAGCUGAAUUUAUGUUCAAACCCUCUCAGGUGACUUGUUGAAUUGUUUCAUUUGAUGCGCAUUAGCUACUUCAUAAGUUGGUCUUCACCUCAACAACAUUAGUUCUUACCCAGGAAAAUAGGGAUCAACUCAGGGAGAUGGAUUUAUGUUGAAAUACAUAUGAGCUACUUGAUAAAUUGACCUUUAUCUCAUCUACGUAAGUUCUUGUAUAGAAAAAUGGAGAUUGACUUCGGAGUUGGAUUAAUAUCGAAAGUAAUCAACUGAUGCAUUUUUGCCAGAAUGCCUUUCACUGGCGUGAGCAUUUCAGCUCUUGGUGAUCAGUUGCUUGAUGAUGCUCUUGCUUUUAACUUUUUAUUCACGUCUUUGUAGUAAUGAUGCAUUAUCGAUUAUGUCAUACUUGUUCGCAUCAGAUAUUUGUAGUAAUGAUGGUAACUUACAAAAAAAAAAACUGAAUCUCACGCUUUUUUUUCAUAGGUUGCAGAAAAUCUCGCACAGCUGAUGUACAGUGUCAUGAUGACGGGAUAUAUGUUCAAGAAUGCCGAAUACCGUUUGGAGCUACAACAAAGCCUAGAGCAGGUUGCUCUUCUGGAAACAAAUGAAACCAAGGUAAACUUGUCCUUGCAUUGUUCUGGGCUCACAACAUAGAUAGUAGGUCUGAAGAAAUAUGACAAACUUGUUCUGUCUUCCUGGGCAUAUGACCAAACAUCCUUAAUGUGUAUUGCAAGUCAAGGAAUAAAUUAUGAAUGCAAGCUGUAACUUUUUGUUCCACCAGGAAUUUCUGUCAAUAGAAAUAAUUUAUCUUAUAUUCGUUCCUGGAUGAAUGAUCUCAACUCACAGGAGGUUGGCCCGUAAAGGUCAACCCUGGAAGCUAGGCUAAAGUUUCGUCACCUACAAACAAAUCAGCAGGAGGGUAAGGUCUCGCAAGGGUUCCUUGAUGCGACUUAGUAAACUGUGUAGGAAUGAUUGUAGCAACACACUGGGGGCUGUGGGGAAGGCAGCCAAAGCUCAGAGGAAAAGUCAAUCUAAUGCUGACUUCUUUGUUGACGAUCAUGCUGUGCAAAACGGGCCAAGUCAAUACAGUAAUGAUGGCCUUUCUCUGUUUGCCAUGGAAGAGAAGGAACUCAGAAAAGUUCAACUUUCCUGUACCCCUUUCAGAGAGAGAGAGAGAGAGAGAGAGAGAGAGAGAGAGAGAGAGAGAGAGCUCUUGAUUUUUCCGCAUUAGGCGAUAUAUCUUGCAUUGACAGCAUAUCAGAUUUUCUGGAGUGGUGCAUAUAUAUAUAUAUAUUUAUGCGCAUUGAGUGGUGCCCAUGUUAUUCUGCAGUCCAGAAAACAUCACUGGAUAAGAACUUCUCAUUGAUUCUGGAUCUUUCUGUUUCAGCGUGGAUGCAUUUUAUCUUUAUAUGGUUUUGGGAUCGUUACAGGAUGAUGUAGAUUAUGCGCCCGGGACACAGAAAAAGGUGAAGGGUGAAGUCAUCAGGUGGAACAAAAUCUCCGGCCCUGAGACAAUUGACGCAACCAAGUACAUUGAAUUACUCGAAGUAGAGAUCGAGGAGCUGAAGCGGCAGGUGGCUAGGAAAUCUACAAAUGGACAAAAUGAACUCUUAGAAUAUCUCAAGUCCCUCGAACCCCAGAAUUUAAAGGUAACACGCUUCUCCUAGUCUUCAAAGAAUGUGAACAUAUUUCCUCUGAAUCAUAGAAAUAUAUUUGUAAUUUCUGACGUGGCAUGUAUGUGAUGAACGCAGGAGUUGACCAGCAGUGCUGGAGAGGAUGUCGUGGUGGCCAUGAAUACUUUCAUAAAACGCCUCCUGGCGGUUUCAGAUCCGGCACAGAUGAAGGUGUUGACCUUGUGACCUUGUUCACUCGCAUUACGUUAGAUUUCCUUUGGGCAUUGGUAGAUUGAAGGAAAAGUCUUAUAAAAUACAGUCAAGUAGGAGCAGCUGAAUCUCCGGCGGCCCAAGAAAGUCUGUGAUAAGAAAAGUCAUUCUCUCUCUCAGCUGCUCUCUCUCUCUCUCUCUCUCUCUCUUCCUAGGUUAGAGUUUGAUGUUUUUACUAAAUUGGGGUCUAUUUUCUGACACAUUUCGACCGUGGCUUGUAGACGACCGCGACAGAGACGAGUGCUCCGGAGCUGGCCAAGCUGCUGUUCUGGUUGAUGGUGGUUGGCUAUGGCAUCCGCAAUAUUGAGGUUCGGUUUGACAUGGAUAGGGUUCUUGGUGCUCCUCCAAAGCUGGCUGAGCUCCCACCUGGGGAGAACGUCUGA